GAUUCAAUUUAUCUGUUGUAUUUACUCAAAAUUUUAGAACCCCUAAAGUUUUGGAUCUUCUAUAGUGGACGGCAUGGUUUCAUAGUAGCGAUCACUGGCAUCGAGAGUGUCGGAAAAGGUCUCAUCCGCGACGGUACGGGGUUCGUCACUUUCCCAGUGAAGUAUCAGUGCGUUGUGUUUCGGCCUUUCAAAGGGGAGAUUCUAGAAGCUGUUGUUACUAUGGUGAACAAGAUGGGCUUCUUCGCUGAAGCAGGGCCUGUGCAGAUUUUUGUCUCUAAUCAUUUAAUACCAGAUGACAUGGAGUUUCAGUCUGGAGAUGCGCCAAACUACACAACAUCUGAUGGAUCGGUUAAAAUUCAAAAGGAUAGUGAAGUACGACUAAAGAUCAUUGGAACUCGUGUUGAUGCUACAGAAAUCUUCUGCAUUGGUACAAUUAAGGACGAUUUCUUGGGUGUCAUCAGUGAUCCCGGAGCAGCUGUUUGAUAAACACAAUUUCAGAUUCUUGGCCAUAGUUGAUGAUGUUGUUUUGAUUUUCUUUCAAGGAUAAAUGGACUGUUUAUAGGAGACCACUUGGAGCUCGAGCUGAAGCUUUUUUUUUUUUUGGGUCUAGAAGUUUUGUAUGCUGCUAUGCAAUUUGUAGUUAUGUUGUUGUCUUGGAAGUUUGAUUUAAUUCCGAAGAUAUUUUAAUAUAAUUAAUGAUAACAUAUUUCUAAACUGCAUUUA